AUGCCGUCGCGUUGCCGAUUUCCCUGCGCCACGAAGCCGUGCCUUGUGGCCGGUGACUUCGCCGAGUGCAUUCCGUUUCGUUUUCCAGACGAACUUGGAUGUGACGAUGGUCGCACCCGUGGUACCGUGGAUCGUCCCUCGAUGGUGAAGACCUUGAAGUCGUCGCGCAUGGAAUUGAACUCGUCGGUAGCGGCCUUGGCCCACACUUCGCGCUUGUCACUCGACAUUGCCUCGCGCCAUGUCUGUGGGUCGCUGGUGAUGGACUUGACUGGUUGA